AUGGACUCCCAGCAGGCCCCGCGCUUCACCACGUGGUGCCAGCGGACCAAUAGGAGCGCGCCGGUGGCGGAAGUGGAGUUCCCCCCCACCAUCACGGUGCUCCCGGCGGCGGCGGCGGCCGACAAGCAGUGCCAGCACCUGAAGCUGGCACUGGGCUGCCAGGCCGAGGCCACGCCGCUGCCGCUCAAGAGCUCGGUGCUGGGCACCGUGCAGGCUCCCGCCGAGGCCAAGCAGAGCCUGUGGGAGCUGGCCACCGAGCCCACGGGGCCGCUGGUGCAGAGGGUCACCAAGAGCGUGCUGGUGGUCAAGUGCAAGGCCAGCCAGAGGCACAGCCUGGGCUACCUGCACGCCAGCUUCGGCCAGCGCCGCUUCUCCUGCGCCUGCCGCGCCCCCGGGCACGGCCACGCCAAGGUGGAGGACGAGGAGGAGGAGGAGGAGGAAGAGUCGCCCCCAGCGCGCUGCAUCCAUUUCCUGGCCUGCAUCUGCGCCUUCGCCAGCGACGAGAGCCUGGCCCAGGAGUUCUCCGACUUCCUGGCCUCUGACGCCGGCGGGCUGAAGGGGACGGUGAUCCCGCAGCUGCUGCGCGGCCCCGGCUCCACGGCACGGGCUCGGGGGGCGGCUGCUGCCAGGGCCAAGAGGAGGAAAAAGGACGUGGGGCCAGGGCCGCAGCUGCCCGGGCCCCUCCUGGCUCCAGACCCGGCUCAUCCCGGCCCCAGGAGGAGCGGCCUGAGGAAGCCACCGGUCUCCUCCUCCUCUUCCUCCUCCUCCUCCUCCUCGCUGAAGAGACACGGCUGUAACCAGGCGCUGGACGAAUCCCAGGUGUCCCUGUCCUUCCAGGAGUGGCUGGGCAGCGUCACCGAACGCAUCCACCAGACCAUGCACUACCAGUUCGAGGGCCGCCCGGAGCCGCUGGUGUUCCACAUCCCCCAGUCCUUCUUCGAGGCUCUCCAGCAGCGCAUCUCCAGCGGCAGCGGCAAGAAGAGGCUCCCCAACUCCACCACGGCCUUCGUGCGCAGGGACGCGCUGCCCCUGGGCACCUUCUCCAAGUACACCUGGCACAUCACCAACGUCCUGCAGGUGAAGCAGAUCUUCGACACGCCCGAGGUGAGGCCGGGCCGGUCCCCCCGGGAGCCUCGGCAGCCCCCGGCCGGCCCUGAGCGCUCC